UAUGGCUCUAGCUAUUUUUCAGUUCUUUCAUCUCAUGUGUGAUAAGUGUAUAUUGGGUCAUUCCCAAAUUCUGAUCUUUUUGGACUCAUAAACAGAAUACACUAUAUAUUCAUCUGACGAUAUUCAAUCUCUACGCACUCUACUUCUUAAAAUUAACGUUCAACUAGAUUUAUUUAAGUCAUUGAUUAAAUUUUAAGCGAUACUCUGGAUUGACUACGGAUUCAAAUUCGCUUCUCUCGCCGCUCAAAUACUGCCUGAUUUAGAACAGCUUCAUAGGUAAAUAAUUAAAACAGUAACGAUAUCCUCACUUAAAGUUUUUUUUGUUGUUUGAUCUGAUUGAUUGGAUCUUCCUGAAUUCAUUGUAUCUCCGAUACUAUAAGCUUUUUGCGUAUCAUCAUUACGAUUACUUGCAUGACUACGCGAUGAACGCGAAGUAUCAGCGUUCAUAUUUGAUAGUUGAUCAUCAGGAUUAGCCGGUGUAUUAAGAAAUGAUGUUUGUGUAGGAUGAUCAAAACGAUCACAAUGUGCCGAGUCAGACAGUUGACGACAAUUGGAACCAUAUCUACAUUGUUGUUUCGUAUUUGAAGCUACAUAAAACAGCAAAAAUCAGCAUGAGAAGAAGAGACGAAAAUCCGAUGCGGAAAUCAAUUGUAUUCAUAGAUCAGCGGCUAUGGCUGCAGCUAUUUUCCAGUCCUUUUAUCUCAUGUAUGAUAAGGUUAUGAAGGGUAACUCGCAGAUACUGAUCCUUUUUCGUUUAUGCACAGAUGACACUUUAUUUUAAUUUCACAGCAUUGAUUCAUGAGUGGUGUGCUUUUCUCCCAAUCUAUUUAUGGUCCAUUCUUUCUUUGUAUAUCUAUAUUGAUAGGAUCGUUGUUCUGCACUUGUGUCCCACCAUUAUUUACUUAUGGAUGGCAUAGAACAAAUGAAACGACAAGAAAUUGAUGCCAUGGAUCAGAGUUCAAAUAAUACUAAAAGACGAAAGUUAAAAUAUGAAAGUAAUACUUUUUUAUUUUUAUAUUUAAUAAAUUCAAUUAUCUUUCUUGUUUUUUUUUUUGACAAGUAACAACAAUAGAACGAAACAAGUGAUUAUAUUUGAUAUGAUGUAAUAUUUUUAUUAAUCUAUUUUAUUUAGAUCUCUUCUUGAAGAUUUAGCUCAUGAAAUAUUUUAUGAUAUAUUUGAAUAUCUUGAUAUGUAUCAUAUUUACAAAGGAUUUUUCAAUCUUAAUAGACGAUUUAAAAAUUUACUUAUUCAUUCAAAUUUUUUUUAUAAAAUGAAUAUAUCAAUUAUGUCAAAAAAUGAUUUUGAAGGUUUUCAUGUUAAUAUUAUUAUACCAAAUAGACAUCGAAUUAAUUCACUUCGUUUGUCAAAUCCAUUUGUUUCUCAAAUUGUUUUCUCAUCAUCACGUAUAAUUUUACAAUUUAUUCAUCUUGAACAAUUAAUUCUUGAUAAUAUAGAAAUGAAAUAUUUACGUAAAAUUCUUCAUUGUUUAUCACAUACAUCAUUACAAAAAUUAUAUUCAUUAAGCAUUUCUAUUGAUGAUUCUAUUGAAUCUUUAGAUAUACUUUUUACUGAUUUAUUCAAUUUAUCAACAUUAAAAUAUUGUAAAUUUAAAUAUGAAACAAAAACUUACGAACUUUCAUCAUUUCUUCAUGUUACUAAAUAUAAUUCAAGUUCAAUUGAAUAUUUGAUAAUAAAUGGUCGUUUUCCAUUCAAAUUAUUGAAUAAUUUAUUAUGUUGUCUUCCAAAACUUCACUAUUUAUCUAUUAAUUCUCUUGUUGAUUCUUCUGGUUAUAUAGAAAGAAAUAAAUUAUCUCCUAUUCCAUUAAACGACGUAAAAUGUGUCUCUUUUAAAUUGAAUAGUAUUCAUUUUUAUGAAGUUGAACAAAUUUUCAAAGACUUUUUUCAUUCUAUUCAAACUUUACGUCUUACAACAUGUCAAUAUGAUGACUAUUUGAAUGCUGAACAAUGGGAAAAAUUAAUCAUAUCUUAUAUGCCGUGUUUACGUAUUUUUGAUAUAAAUCAUACAAAUCCAGUGACAUAUGAUACUUCAAGAUAUCAGACUUUGAUAAAUGGAUUUGAUUCGUUGUUUUGGAUCGAAAGAAAAUGGUUUUUUACAUAUCAAUAUGAUUGGUCAACAUAUUAUAGAGAUCUACUUUUUUAUUCAACGAAUCCUUAUCGACGAAAAGAUUAUAAAUUUCUUUGGGAGAGAAAUCCACAAGAGUGUUCACUUGUUCAAGAAUCUAAUUUAAAUUUAAUUCAACAUAUUUUAAUGUAUAGUUAUGAAAUAAAAAAUGUUUCUCUAAAUUAUUUUCCAAAUGUUACUCAAAUAACAAUAAAACAUUAUCCUCGAACACCAAACGGUUCGAUUAUAACAAGUCUUGAUAAUAUGAUUCGUUUGAAGCAACUGAAGAAGUUGACUAUUCAAUGUCAUGAUUUUCCAUUUGAAGAACUUGUUAAAUUAUUAAGUUUUACACUGAAUUUAAAUACAUUAAAAUUGAAAUUAUUAUCUAUGAACGAAAUUGAUUUAAAAUUAAUUCAACAAACUGAAAAUUUUCAAUAUGUAUCAAAAAUGAAUCAAAUAAAACAUUUAGAUCUUUUUCAAUUGUGUGAAUUCAAUCAAAUUGAAUUGAUUAUUAGUUUAUUUUCACAAUUAGAAUAUUUCAAAACUGGAAUAAAUUAUAAAGAAAUUCGACAAAUAAAACGAUAUUUAUUAUCAAAAAUUAAUAAUAAAACAGAACAUUUAUUCUUCUUAUGUGUUUCAGGCGUACCAAAAAUAUGUUUAAAGGAAUUGAAUGCCUUAAUUAAAUCAGAAAAUUUACUUAAUGAUUAUUGUAUUAGAUUUAUUAAUCGUGAUUUAUAUUUAUGGUGGUAA